AUGGAUCGCAGGUAUUGCAGCACGAUGCCAGCUCUGAGCACGUUCUCAUGCUCCAGUGUCGUGCCCACCAUCAAACUCUGCUGCAGGAGCUCUUUUGUGGUGCAUCCCACCUGGAUCGCCGAGCCCCUCACCCUCCAAAGGUGCCAAUGGGUUAGUCACUGUCUCCCCUCCCCUGGCCCAGCAAGGAAGAGGCUGAGCACGUCUGGCUUAGACAGCAACGUCCCUGUGCUGGUGAGAGGGGAACGAGAUGGAUUUUACUACCGAGGUACAAUAAAAGAGAAGAUAGAGCAGGGUGAAAGAGGCAUGUUUCUGGUAGAGUUUGCCAAACCACUUGUGUCGCGUGGAAGGCAUCCAGCGUGUGUGCAAAAAACAGCAAAGGAUGACAUGCUGGAAUAUGUGAACGGGAUGAAGCACUCUUUACUCCCUGGAGACAAAGUGCUGGCACCCUGGGAACCAGAUAUGGCCAGGUAUGGCCCAGGAACCGUCCUCGCAGGCAUUGAAACAAGGGAUCCCUUAAGAGCCUCAGAAGACGAAGACAUUAUGAUCAAGUUCUGGAAUGACAAGACAGUGAAACUCCCACGAGGUGUGGCUCUGUGAAUCCCCCCUGGCCUGUGGGAGAGGAUUGUAGAGAUGAUCCACAUGCCCUUCACCAGCAGGGUGGAGCCCAGAGAAAGUCCAGAUGCUGACUCUAGUAUUUUUUCCCGCUGUCCUAAACCAGCCCUGACUCCUGUUUGUGCUGUCCGUAGCCUUGCCAAGCACUGCUUGCUCUGCUCACCCUGCUGGCCACAUUUCAACUAUCAUUGUGAUGGUAUAUGCUGUUUGUCAGCAUACCUGAGGUGCAUCUGCUGCUGCCAUCCCCAUGUUGAUGCCUGGUGGCCUCUUCCAUCCAGGUCUCUGUUCUUUCAGAGAGAAACUGAAGGGGCAGUGUCCACCGGCGAGCGUUCUCCACACCUUCUAGAACUAGAAGGGCCAAACCAAGAAGAGCCAGCAGCUGUGGCAGUGUCUUCUCCCUCUUCUGAUUCGGAGUGGGACCUGGAGCCAUUCCCCGCUCAGAGUGCUGUGGUGGACAGUGCUGUUAACACGGACUCUGGCAGUCUUGAGAAGCCCAGGCUACAGGAUAUUGCAAGAUCCAAGUGGAAAUACUGGAAAAGAAGCCACCACAAGUUCCAUCCCAGAGUUGACAGUUGCAGCAGCACAGGUACAGAGGGCAAGGAGGAAUGCAAAGCCAUCUCUGCUGGGGACAUGUCCUGUGUUGGGCCAGCUAAUCAGAAGGCAACGUUUGAAACCAUUGAGCAGCCUCCCAGAGGGCAACUCACAAUGACAGAAAUCUUAAGAGACCAAGAUUUCAAGCCAUCAUCGGGGAUAAG